AUGGAGAUUAAGUUAAACAUAAUUUUUAGCGAAAUUUUAGUGGCAAUAACAGAUGAGCACGAAAUAGAAAAACAUGAUAAAUUUUUUGUCGAUAAACAACAAAAGUCAUUUUGUGUAGAGUGUAUAAAUAAGCUACUAUUUACAAAAUGUCCUUUGUAUAAAAAAUAUUUAUUAUUUAAAAAUAUAAAUGAUAUAUAUAGAAUAAAGAAUUGUCAUGAAUUUAGGUAUCAUUUUUCUUUUUUUUUAUUAGACCAUACAUUAUUUUUAUCAAAUACAUUCCGUUAUUUAGAAGAAGAAUGCAAAAUAAAUGAAAAUAAAAACGAAACUAAUAAAGACGAUUACAUUUAUUCUGUUAAUAAUGAAUUAAUUAUUUUAGCAACAAAUGCAUGUAAAGAAUUUUUAAAUAUUUGUUCAGAUGAAUUAUGCAAUAUAUUUAAAGAUGCUAUAUACACAUGUGUAUUAAUUAGAUUGAAAAACUAUUCAAUGACUAAAAGAAAAUAUUUUUUUAUUUUAAAGCUUUUAAAAAAUUUAAUACAACAUGUACAAAUAAUACACACCACAUUAAAGGAAGAGUCAUCUGUUAUUGAAGAACUUAUGAAACUGUUCAUAAAAAAUUAUUCUAUUUCUAAUAAUAUAAAUUGCGCAAAAGAUAACACAGACAAACUUUUAUGUAACAAAAUAAACUUCGAAAUUCACGAUGGUUUGGAAAAUAACACAAACAAUAAUACGUCCAUAAAACUUAGCAGUAAUUUAAAUAAUAAUUGCGAUAGUAAUUUAGACACAAAACGCAAUAAUUCAUAUGUAAACGAUAAAUAUCAUAAUAUGGAACACUCUUUAAUUCUCCAAAUUAUUUAUGAACUAUGGUGUGAAAAUUCGUUAUGGCAACUUAACAAAGAUCUAUUAAAAUCGUUCUUUAUUAAUUUAAUUAAAAAUUUUAAAUUUACUAACAAAAAUACAGAUUUAUGUAAUUAUUACAUCGAGUUUAUUUAUUUAAUAUGCAAUAAUUACAAUGACAUUACCUAUUUUUUUACUGAAAUUAUUUUUGAUGCUGAACAGUUAAAAAAAAAUAAAAACAAUACAAUUGCAAAUAUUUGUACUAGUCCUGAUACAAAUUAUGACAACGAAUUAGAUAUCUCAAUUACUCAUAAAAGAUCAAAUAUGUUCAACAUAGACAAAGGGAAUACUAGUGAUCAGUCGUCUAUACAUUCCUUUUCUUUCUUAAAUGCUAUUAGUGAUGAAAAUUGCCAAACAAAAAUUAAUAAAAAGGUUCAAAAAGGUGAGCAAAUAAUGCGGGAAAAAAGCAAAGAUGAUAACGAAAAUAAUUACGAUGUUCAGAAUUUUAGCACUAAUAAUGAAGAAAGUGAUUGUGGUGCAAAUACCGAAAUGGAAAAUUGUACUGAUGAUCAUGAAGAAAAUAAAUUUGUAUUUUCGCAUUCCAAAGAUAGCGAAAAUAAAUAUGAUAAAAAAAAUGUAUACCAAUUAUAUUCAAACACGCGUAAUGAUAUUGUAGAUUAUUCUUUUUCAGAAGAAAAUGAUUUGGGAUAUUAUUCACAAGAUGAAGAUAUUAAAGAGAAGGAAACGAAAUUUCUUAAAUCAAAUAAUGGGAAUACCCAUGAUGCUAGUAGCAAUUCCAGUAUAAAUAAACCUGAUGGAAACUAUCUUAUAAUAAAUAAAAGUUUAAGUUAUAAUUCGACUGGUUCCAAUACUAAUAAAAAUUGUGAUGAAACAAAAAUGUCUCAAUAUAAAAAAAAUAAAUCCAAUGAUAAUAUUUAUAGCCAUUUUAAUGAACUUCAUUCGAUCCACCAUAGUAUAAAUAGUUCGCAAUCAUUUAUUGAAUGCCAAGAUGAGAAAAAGCAACAGAUAAAGGGAUCCUCGUUAUUCCAAACUUAUGAGGUAGAAAAAAAACGAUGUGAACAGAAAAUAAACAUAAAAAAAAUAAUAAAUAAUGAUGCAUUGAAAAAUAUAAACGAUUUAGAAAUAAGAAAAAUGUUUGAUAGUUCUGAAUAUAAUACAGAAAAAAUUAACUGUGUUAUUGGAGAUACUUGUCACACAACCAUAUUUAGAAACAAUAAUUUAAAUCAUGAAGAAAAAAAAGACACAAAAAUAAAAUCAUUUGAAGACAAUAAAUUUAAAUUCUUGAAAACAGAAAAUUCAAGUGCCAAUUUUGUAGAAUACAGUUCGGAUGUAGAACCAGGAACCUGCUUCAAUUCGAAUUUAUUAAAUAAGCAUAAAAAGAAAAAUACGCAUAAGGAUAAAAGCCAUAUUGGCAACAGAAGAGAUAUCAAUAGCUUUGAAAAUUAUAAUUUUGAAAAUACAAAGAUUGGCAAAAACAAAAAACAGUACAACAAAGGAAGUAAGGAUAAUAAAUUAAACUUGAAUGUUCUCGAAAAAACAGAUGGAAUUCAAAUUUUUAUUAUCCUAUGCGACAAUUUACAAGAAACAUUACUGAAUAACUUUAACAGAGAUAUACAAAUGAAAUGCCUAGAAAUAUUUUCGAAUUUUUGCAGCGUGGAUGAAACAGUUGUAAAUAUUAUAAUAUUAAACACAUCGCUAGUUGAAUGGAUUUUUGAUUUUUUAUCUAACACAAAAUAUGAAUGUUUAAGAGAAAAGGGGUUAAAAUUUUUAGUUACUUUUUUUUUCAGAAACACACUUUUUUCAAAGACACAUGCUCAUUACAUGCUUGAUGUUUUAAUAAAUAUAAUUUUAAAAUAUGUAAAUAAAAAUGAAGAUAAUUAUAACAAUGUUUAUGAUAGCUUUUCGAAUAAUUAUUCAACCUUUUUUUUUUUUUUAAAAACAUUAAAUAUGCUUAUCGAUAUAGCAAAUUCAUCUAUCAAAAUUUUUCAUAUAUUUAAAAUUAUAAAUAUAAUAUCCUUUUUAGUGGACGUUCCUGAUUUUUCUGCUAUAAAUAUUGAGAAUAUUAUUCUCCUUUUUGAAAAAUAUACAUUAAAAAAUGAAUCAAAAAAUGGAGAUUCAAACAAUCAUUUUAAAGUAUACGACUCAUGUAAUCAUAAUUCUGAAGAAGAUAAAAAUGUGAAGAACAAAAAAAGUAUUUCUAAUUCAUUUCGCGUUGGUGAAAAAAAUAUAUUUAACUUAGAUUCCAAGCAAAAGACAAUAUAUAAUAAUAAACAAUAUCAUAAUAUACCAGAUAAAAAAUACUUUGAAAACUUAUCGGAAAAAACAAACAAAAAAAAUUCAUUAUUUUUACACAGAGGGCAAACAUGCGAUAAUAUAGAAACAACAAAUCUUAAACAGGACGAAAAAAUCAAAAAAGAAAAAAAAUGGGAUGAAAUUGAAAAUAAUGAAAAAGACAAUGAUAAUAAUAUUGAAUUAGACAACAUAAUAAACAAAAUAUACAUUGCUCAUAUUUUGGCACUUUUUGAAGUUGUAAAAACAGCCUUAAAUAUAAUAAAAAUUGUUAAUAUGAAUAAUCCUGAUAUAUAUAUCGAAUUUUUGGACGAUAGAGAAAAUAAGUAUUUAUCUGAAUUAUAUUUAGCUAUUAUUAAAUUAUUAUUUUCCUUAAUUUAUAUUUUAAAUAAAAAUGAAACAUUUUUAAUUAAUAUAAAUGUAAUGGAUGAAAAGAAUAAAAAAACUAUAAAUAUAGAUAAUGAAAAUGAGUUUCAAAUUUUAACUUUUAUUAAAUUAGUUUUAUAUUUUUUUGCUGAAUUACAUUCUUUGUUUAGAAAUAUUAUGAAAGAAAAAAAUAAUCCUUUUGGAAAUGAUAUAUUAAUGUUCAUUAAAUUUUUAUAUCUUUCAUCUAUAUUUAUUUUUGAUAAUAUAAAUCAAAGGAAAAUAUUUUUUAAUAAUAUAAGUACAAAUAUUUUGUUCUCCUCCUUUUUUACUCCUUUUUUUUAUUUCUUUUCAAGAAUUUUAAGCCAUAUACAUGAUAUUUAUGAAGAUUUUUCAAUUGAAAAUAGCGAAACUCAAAAAAUAAAUAAUCUUCUUCCAAAUAAUUCGACAACCUUAGUAGAAGACGAUCAAUAUAAGACUAAUAAUAUGCAAAAACAAUCAUAUGGUAAAAUGCAGGAAGUUAUUAACACAUUUUCCUUGUAUAAAAAAAGAAUGAGAAAGGUUUUAGUAAAAAAUACACCCUUUACUAUAUUCUUUCAAUAUGUCUCUACCAAUUGUGAUGAUUGCGAAUGCUACAGAAUUUUAGAGAUGCUUAUAUAUGAGGACGAUAAAGUAAAGAAAGAAGAAAAAAAUAAGAAAGAUAUUUUAAUGGAAAUAAUAAAGAAUAACGAUUUUUAUUUUACUAAUGUUUUAUUGUUCAAUUUUAAUGAUAACGAACGACUGAUAGAAACAGUAAUUUACAUUUUUUAUCUAUGCUUGAGUUAUGAUAAAAAAUUUAUCGAAAAGAAAUUAAAUAAUAGUAAAGUAAACAAUUAUGUAGAAAAUAUGUUUUCAUCUAAUGAUUAUAAUAUUGAUAUGAACCCCCUCUAUUUAUUUAUGUCUUUGUCUUAUUCUUAUUAUUUUGUGACAAAGGAAAAAAUACUAACAGUUUUUAGAUGCAUUAAGAAAGAAAUGCAUAAAAUAGAUAUAAUUAUGUGGUUAGAAAUAAAACAAAUUAAAAAUAUAUACUUUGUUUUUGAUUGCAUUUUUUCUUUAAAAAUUAAUAGAAACAAUUAUAGCCUGUAUGUGACCUUCAUUGUUUAUAUAAUAAAAUUAGAGUUGUCUUUAUAUUCUUCACAACAAUCUGACCAAAUUGACAACAGAUUGUACAUGUCUAUUUCUAAGAAUAAGGUAAGCUUUGGAAAUAAAAUUAAAAGCUUAGAUUUAGUAAAAAAACUAUUGGAAGAUGCAGAAAUGGAAAAUAUACAGAACAAUGAUAUUAUUUAUAUUUAUUAUUUAAUAAUUAAAUUGAAAAAAUAUUCACCAGAGUAUUGCAAAAACAUUAAUAUAUAUAAAAUGAUGAACACAGUAAUUAGAUAUAUGAAUACAAUUUCUAAUAAGUCAGAAGAGAUCAACGAUAUUUUUUCUUUCUUUUUUAUUUUUUUUGAAAAUUUAGAAGUAUAUACACAAAAAGAUAUAUUCAAUAUAAUUAUUGUUUUGCAAAAAUUAUCAUUUUAUGUAAAAAAUUCACUAAAUUCAUUUUUUAAGAAAACAGAGCCUUCAAAUGAUGAUCAUAAGAAUAUGAAUUAUGAUGAUAAUAAGAACAAUUGCAAAAGUAAUAGCUGUACUAACACUAUUGUGGACAGUGAUGAAGCCUUCAUAUUGUCAUCUCUUAAAUUUGAAAAUAGUUUUUUUUAUUUUAUAUUAAAUCUUAUAUUAUAUUGCAGAAAAUAUAAUCAAAUUAAAAACAUCAAUAUUCUAUCUUCAUCAGUUCCUAUAAUACAACUAUUAAUGCAUGCUAUUCAAUUUACAAAUAAUUAUUUUAAGAGUUUAGCUAUUUUUGUUCUAGCUUUACUAAUUUUACCCUUUCCUAAAAUACAAAAAACAAAUCCUCCUUUACUAAUGAUUUUAUCGACAUCUUUUGAUAAAUCAUUUGAUGAUAUACUAUUGUCGUCUAAUAAAUAUGAAACCCCACAUGAAACAAUCGCUAAAGAAAAAUACAUAAUAAGAAAAUGUUUGUUCUUACCACUAGUCAACAAUGUGGAUAUAAAUAUUAGAGUUUCUUCUUUAUCUCUUUUACUAAGUUUACUAAUAACCAGCGAUACUGUAUUGCUGAACGACGAAGCCUUUAGCUUUUUUAUUUUCCUAAUUAAUAGUUCCUUUUUAAAUGAAUGGAAUGAUAUACAGAACGAACUCAUAUUUGCAAUAAUUAAUGUUUUAUUACUUUCGACUAUUUUGAAUUUAAGAACAAAAUCAUUUUGUUUUAAUUUUAUACACUCAUUUAGACCGUUUUUCUUAAGAAGCAUAUUGCCUUUAAACAGGAAUGAAAAAAUUGUCAUUCACAAACUUUUUUUCAUAUUAACAGCAGUUAAAAUAAAGCCAUUAUGGUUUGAUUUGAAGGGAUAUAACGAGAAAAUUUUGAAAAUAAUACUUAAUGUUGUUACAAAAAAGGAUCUAGACCUUAUGACAUUCAAUUGUAUUUCUUCUCUUGCAUAUGAAGCUUUUCUUAUGAAUAAAAACAACAUGAAUAGAAAUAAUAACAAUAAAGACACAAAUAAAAAUGUCAUAGAGAAUCUAGAAAAAUAUUUAGAGACAUAUAAAAAAAAUGUAAAAAAUAAUGAUGAGGAUGUUUGCCAAUCUUUUAUUUUUAACAAAUUUAAAUGUGAACAUAUCGAUUAUGACGUUGUCCUGGCUAUUUUAAAUGCGACAAGAUUAUUAUUAUAUAAAUAA